AUCAACAGCAUUUAAUUUGCGAUAGCGUGUAAAAAUGCUGGAUGUGACAAAUAACAUAAAUAUGCCUCCACACCCCAUUAUUCUUGAAGCCAAGCGUCAUAUUGUUACUAUUUUCGUAACAGGGGAUUUUUUUUACACUAUCGACUCCUUUUGAUAGGGUUGAUAUUUUUAGCUAUGUCGCCAUUUUAAAUUUCGCAUCAUGAAAGAGAAAUAGGCCCAUAUUUGCACUAUCUAUACAAGUUAACUAUCGGACAGAACGGUUGACUGUGUUCACGGGCACAUAGAGAUCUGUAGAUCAUCUACAGAAGAAUACGAUACUGAGAAAAGGAAGCGUAACUCAAUCCCGGAAGGUAUUUAACGUUUUCGCCUUGCUUUAAUUCCUCUUUCCUUACACAUACAUGUACACCGUACUGGCAUUCAACACCCGCAGGACAAGAUGUCAGAGGAACUUGACAACCAGACAGAAGGGGAAAAGAACCCACCUGAUGGUGAAGUGAAGCAGAGGGUUAGAUCAAGUGCUUAUACCAAGACGACACAGACAACUUAUGGGCAGAGGAAAGAAGACCAGCUCGACAUGAGCCGUGACUCAACACGUGACAGUGGUUUUGAGAGCGCUCGCUCAUCACGUGCUAGUGUGAUGUCAGCUUUGGCACCACUAGAUGAGUGGAUGGUUUUCCUGGAUGAAAAGGAUCAUCAUGCGGUCUCCAUUGCCGGUCUAGAAACACCUGAAGAAGAUUCACAAUGGUUGAUCGGGGACAAUGGGGAGGUCCAUGGCAUCCCUUUAAAAAGAAUGACAGUGGCAAUGAAAGUUCAAAUUGACGCCAGCUGCAGGGCACCCGAACCCACUAAAACUGGAGAUGAGGAAACCUCGUGGUAUCACGACCAAGGAAUUCGCCAUGUCAGCGAAGAUAUCCCAUCUUUCGAAAAAUCCUUUGAAAACUUGGGCUUAUGCUUCACUCUUAAAGACAUAAAGACGGGCUCCAUCAUCAUCAGCUUGGUUCCCAAAGAUGUUGAAUCUCUGAGAAAAUUAGUUGAAGCCUAUAGAAGCGGCGAGCUGAGAGAGACUCUUGAGAAAUCUCUCAUUUCCGAGAAAAUGCGAGAGGCAGCAAGACGAGAGGGAAAGAAGUUGACUCUUGAAGUGACCAUUAACGAACCAGAAAUAGUCGGCAUGAUAGAGCUAAUGGAGAAGCUGAACGAAGCUGAGGGUGCAGAAGGGGACACUGGUAUAGCAAAAUUGUGGUUCACGUACUGCGCUGCCCUGAAAAUGUGGUUCUGGACACCGUACGAAGAAAAGCACAUCUGGAUGAAGGUGAAUCACAAAAGAGUCUUGUCGGGGCUGAAGUUUGGUGAGCAGCCAAGUGCUAAGAACCUACAACUACUGGCGUAUCUUCAAGAGAAAAACCCGCAACUCCCUGGACAACACGUGGACUGUGUCAUCUGUGAUCUUCGAAGACAAAAUCUGGUGACAUAUGAAAAAUUGUCCAGCAGUGAAACUGACCAUGCAGAAGCGAAUGAGCCAGAGACAGACAGUGGGACAAAACGGAAGCAUGCUGCCGCGGCGAAGAGCGAGGACAUCCAGCAACUGCCCAACGGGUUCCACCACGAAGUGGACAGCUAAAUUUUAUUAUCAGAAUAUACUUUUAAUUUGACAUGUAGUCAAUGAACUUGUUUACAUGUACUUAUCCAACUCGUUGGAAACAAUUUUAAUUUUAGCCUUGUAUUCAUUAUGAUACAUGCUUUACGCCCUCAGUUUACCAUACUAGGAGAAAUCUCUCUCCCACUCUCUUGCAGCCACCGACUUCAAAAGAGAAAACUGAGUUUUUCAAC